UCUAGUUACUUGUAUCAACGUUCAAAUUCCCUUUGUUCUCGCAUCAUUGUACUUGAUGUAUGGACGUAAAUAACAUGGCUAGCUGACAUGCGCAAACUGUCCCUUAAGAGAUUCCCGUUAAUAACAUUACCCUCGCCAAACAAUGGUAGUUAAUGUGGAUGCCUAAUCACCCACGAAUAUACACAAGGGUGGCGCCUCAUGUAAUCAAUUAUGUUUACACAUUAAGUUAUUGUCGACGAUAAAGCUUGUGGAAGACACUACAGUUCAUCAAAUGCUGAGCAUCGCAGAUUAGUAACUUCAGUAGGGAAAUAGGUGUUCAAUAAAGUUUGCCAGGGGAAAGCUGCUUUUGACGAAGAGAGCUAGAUCAAUGCUGGCAAUGAAAAAUAUCCAACGAUUUGAGCAAAUAGCUAAUAACUUGUCAAAACAAAUGCCCAAGCAACAUAAUGGAUAAUACUUUUGUUAAUUGCAUGCAAAUUGUUAGCGCUAUGGAAAAGGUUUCAAAAAGUAAACAGAUUUGGAAGCCUGCAGAUUUAACUGUCUAGCAUGCACAAGAAAAACAGUCUGCACAGAAAUACAAGCUCCAUGCGGAUUGCUCGAGCAGCCCAGGUGCGUCUAGACGAGAUAAGCGACAAAAUAGAGCGAGACAAACAGAAAAGCAUCAAAUCAAAUUAUCAUGAGAAAGUUAAAAUAUGGAAUGAGCUCAAAUCGAUUCAUCGCGUGUUCGAACCACUCUACGUUAUCAAAGAAAAUCAAGCAAAACUUGCAAGAAACCAGCCUGAUCUCUCAAAACUGGACUCAAAAAAUCGUGCGCAUGAAAGCGAUGGGAUGCGAAAAGAUGGGACUGUGUCUUUAAAAUACCAGCCUAGAUUGUUGCAAAGAGCUGAAACUCAGAGUAACGUGACAAAACCAAGACGAAGACAUACUGAACCCAAAAUAGAAGCAUUGGAGGGAUGGAAAGCCAAACCCGUUAACUCCACGAGUCAGGAUACUGCAGCGGGUUCCACGCAGUUUAAGUGGAGGUCGCAGAGUUGGUCUUUCCAAGGGUCGUCGAAAAUCGAGGCAGAAUGCCCACGUUUGGCACUACCUCAGAGAACCGAGAGAGAACACAAUUCCAAACUCCGCAGCGCUUCAGAGGAGCCUCGCAUUUCUAACUCAAUGUGCACAAUCGCAUUGGGAUAUAUGGCUUUCAAACGCGUUUUGAAAAACAAGAAAUUGUCCCAAGGAUUGGAACCCAAAGUUGUUGAUUCCAGAUUCAGGUCGAUGUCAAUGCAUGAGACAGAACUCAGUGCAAACUCGCGGCUGGUCAUGCCUGAACACUCAGAGGCAAUUAAUGAAAAAGAGGACACUUUGAAAUUACUAUUUCCAGCCACAGAGAAAACUGUUAAUCCACACUUAAUUAAAAAAGAUAACAAUGGGCGAAAACCCAAUUCUAAAAGGCGUGCUUCGACUUGCGUCAACAAUAGACGACAACUUAUUUCAUCGCUAUCCUGGCCGUUAGGCGAGUUACCUGUGAACCCUACAGGAGUGCAGAAAAGCUUAUUAAGCCCUGAUCAUAUUCCAAAUGCACACAGCCCAAAUGUCUCUCGCUCACGCUCUGAGAUGUCUGUCAGAAGUUUGCCACAAGCAUUGAAAACGGAACGAGUUAAAACGGGGAAAGCUUCUGGCUCAACUGAACAGGAGCACUCAAGCGAGAGUGACGAAGAAAUCAAGUUCGGAACAUUUCAUGAAUAUUUUGGUGAAAAACCCAUGCAUAGCUGGCUGAAGAAACCGCUUAAACGAGGGUCAAAAUUGCUAAAACCAGUGGGAAGUGGUUGUUUUAGUGAAAGUUUUCAGGCUUUAACUCACAGCAAAACAUGAAAUAUUGUUUUUCGUUUUUGUCGCAGUGGUAAUGGACUUGAAAGGUGUACAGAUAAAAAAUAUCCUCUGUUAUACAAUAAAUGCUUAAGAAAGAUACUAAAUAGAGA